UUUAUCAUUUUCUCUAAUAAUUGAACCAAACUAUGGAGUAGCCAAAAAAUUUGGCUCCACACCACACCACACCAGUGUAGAUCUCCUUUUCCUUUCAAAUUUUUUCCAUCUGCUCUCUAAUUUGUUAUACUUCUGUUUCACAAUUCAAAAUCUACAUUACAAUAUGCCUCACUGACCUCCAAAAAUCAAAUCCACAUUGUAAAAACACUGUAAAAAUCCAUUAUUUUUUUUCCAACAUUCACAAAAAAAAAAAAAAAAAAUGGCUUCCCAAAUACCCAAAUCUUCAAAACCCACAUCAGAAAAAACAGUUUAUUCUUCAAGAUCAAAUUCAUCAUCAGUUUCAACACAUUUAGCAAUGAUUGAAUUAAAACAAAGAAUCUUAACAUCUCUUUCUAAACUCUCAGAUAGAGAUACACAUCAGAUCGCUGUUGAAGACUUAGAAAAAAUCAUACAAAACUUAUCAAACGACGGCGUUUCAAUGCUCCUUAAUUGCCUUUACGAUGCAACUAACGACGUUAAACCUGCAGUUAAAAAAGAAACCCUACGUUUACUCCCCACUGUAUGUUCUUCACAUCUCGAAUCUGCUGCUACGCAUUUAACCAAAAUCAUCGCUAACAUUGUUAAAAGGUUGAAAGAUUCGGAUUCGGGUGUUAGGGAUGCGUGUCGCGAUGCGAUUGGAUCGUUGUCGUCGAUGUACUUGAAGGGAGAAGGUGAAAGUAGUGGAGGGGUUGCGUUAUUUGUGAAGCCGUUGUUUGAGGCAAUGAAUGAGAAUAGUAAAACGGUUCAAAGUGGUGCUGCUUUGUGUAUGGCGAAAAUUGUGGAGUGUGCUUCGGAGCCGAAGCCUUUAUUGGCUUUUCAAAAACUAUGUCCGAGGAUUUGCAAGUACCUUAACAAUCCAAAUUUCAUGGCAAAGGCUUCUUUGCUGCCUGUUGUUUCAAGCUUAUCACAGGUAGGGGCCAUAGCACCGCAAAAUUUGGAACCGUUAUUGCAGACCAUUCAUGAAUGCCUCAGCAAUACUGAUUGGGCAACUCGUAAGGCUGCAGCUGAUACAUUAAGCGCCUUGGCGUUGAAUUCAAGCAACUUGAUAGCAGGGGGAGCCACUUCCACUUUAACCGUGCUUGAAGCUUCUCGUUUUGACAAGAUAAAACCUGUGAGAGAUAGUAUGUUGGAGGCUCUGCAGCACUGGAAGAAAAUUGCAGGGAAAGAAGAUGGAGUCACAGAUGAUCAGAAAGCUUCAUGUCUUGAUGGCGAAUCUUCUGAAUCUGCCGGAUCGUCAGAAAGGAAGGACCUCCGAAAUGCUGUGGGCAUAUUAAAGAAGAGAGCUCCACCUUUGUCAGACAGAAAAUUGAACCCAGAAUUCUUUCAGAAACUUGAAGAACGGAAAUCAAGCGAUUUGCCUGUCGAAGUGGUUGUCCCUCGUCAAUGUCUUAAUGCAUCGAAUGCACCAACUGAAGUAGAGUCUGAGCCAGACAAAGCAGAAACAGGACAGAAAAUAGUAAGGACAAGCCAGCUUGAUGCUAAGAACAGUAACACGGAAAGUCAAACUUCUGGGGUAAGUGGCAGAGAACAUGAUACUGUUGAUGAGGGAGAUUUGAAUCAGAGGGAACAAUCCAGUUACCGUGCUGGUUUUGCAAAAAAUGCUGGCCCACCUGAAGGAUUUAUGGCUAUCAAAGGAAACUGGCUUGCUAUUCAAAGACAAUUGUUACUUCUGGAGAGACAACAGGCUCAUCUGACGAAUAUGUUGCAGGAUUUCAUGGGUGGAUCUCACGGUAGCAUGGUAGCUCUUGAGAACAGAGUCCGUGGCCUUGAAAGAGUUGUUGAAGACAUGGCACGUGAUUUAUCUCUUUCAGCAGGUCGAAGAGGUACUACUUUUACGGCGAGAUUUGAUGAAUCUCUUAAUAGGCCGCCUCUCGGGAAGUAUAAUGGCUUCCAUGAUUACUCUAGUAGUACCAAGCUAGGUAGAGGUAGUGAAGGGAGCGUCCCAUUUGGAGAGAGGUUUGUACCAUCUGACAGUAAUUCAUUGGGUAUGAGGGGAAGGAGUCCACCACGUAGAUCUGAUAAUCCCGAUGCUUGGGACUUUCAUUCAUAUGGUAAGAAUGGGCAAUCAGGCUCUAGGAAAGGAUGGGCCAAAGGAGCGGGGCCGGUUAGGUUUGGUGAGGGACCUUCUGCCAGAAGUAUCUGGCAAGCUUCAAAGGAUGAAGCAACCUUGGAGGCAAUCCGAGUGGCAGGUGACGACAAUGGAACUGCUCGAGGUACUAGAGUAGCUAUUCCAGAAUUAGAGGCUGAAGCACUAACAGAUGACAAUAAUCUGCAAGAGCGCGAUCCAGUUUGGACUUCCUGGACCAAUGCAAUGGAUGCAUUUUCUGUGGGUGAUAUGGAUUCAGCUUUUUCUGAAGUUUUGUCUACUGGAGAUGAUUUCUUGCUUGUGAAGCUGAUGGAUAGAUCAGGCCCGGUGAUUGAUCAACUGUCAAAUGAGGUGGCAAGUGAGGCGUUGCAUGCUGUUGCCCAGUUUCUUCUGGAGCCAAACUUGACAGACAUCUGUUUGUCUUGGGUCCAACAGUUGCUAGAAAUUGUCAUAGAAAAUGGAUCCGAGGCAGUGGACCUUCCAAUGGAAGUGAAAAAAGAGCUGCUGUUAAAUUUGAACGAAAUUUCAUCAUCAGUAGACAUGCCCGAGGAUUGGGAAGGUGCAACACCAGAGCAACUGUUACUGCAACUAGCAUCUGCUUGGGAUAUUGAUCUGCAAGAGCUGGAGAAGUAGUUACCAGCUAAGCUGAUUUGCCUGUUGCAUGAAGUUAGCGUCUUGUGAAUUUUCUUCCAAUCUCUCCAGCAUUUUUAUUUGUAUAAGUGUUUCACAUUUACGAUGAAAUUUAUGAAAAUUGACCCACCACUUCUUAUUCUGGAUAAAAGGAAUCCUAGGCAAGCUCAAUAUACUUGGAAGCAACCCUUUUCCCAGUUAUUCUCGCGUUGCAUGCAGUUAGUGUCUCGUGAAUUUUCUCGGGGGCUGGCUCAAUUUACUUGGAAGUAACUCUUUUCCCAAUUAUUCGCUCGUUGCAUGAAGUUAGUCUCUCAUGAAUUUUCUCUGGGGCUUGCUCAAUUUACUUGGAAGCAACUCUUUUGCCAGUUUACUAGUUCAGUUCGAAAACAUUUCUGCAUUGAUUGAUAUUUUGAGAUUUGAAGUAAAUUGCAAAGCUUUAUUCUUGUAAUUCGUGUACUUUGGCA